AUGCUACCAAGGGAGGAAAGUGGUCCCCGAUUGGAUUCGCAGCAACUCAGCUGUUCGAUUGUCAACGUGGAGUUCCUUUUGACAGGGACACUUGUGAGAGAAGUUUCAUGCAAUUGGUCAGAAACAAAAAAGAUGUGGAAUUUUUUUUUUCAGCUUGCUUUGGGACUAGCAUUUGUCGCCGGCAAGGGAAACAGAAACCAAGAGCCCAAACCGGAAAACCUUGAAGAAACGGUGGCUAAAACGACUAUUCCGAAUAUUGGAUUUUCAGUCGACACGGCGAAAAAAUGCGACGCUAACUUGGUUCUUCCGAGUCAACGUUACUUCAAAAUUUCGGAAGCCUUAAAGCCAGGAGAAAUCGGAGGAGCCACGUCUUCAAAAUUCGUCAGCCACACUAGAAAAUUGGCUAGAAAGAUGUUUGACAAAAUCGAUAAAGUGAACGACUUGAUGAUUUGCUAUGCGGCUACUUCAUCAUCGACAUCGAAAAAGUACAAUGUGAUCAACGAUCAAUUCUUCAUCAAACUCGCCGAUUUCUUCAUUCACGGAUUCGGCCAAAAACCAACGGGAGAUCGAAGAGAAUUCGUCAAAAAUUUGCUCGUCGAAGUGAUGCACAACAAAUUGAAUCGCAUUCGAAAUCGCUACAAUCAAGAAAAAGGUGCAAACAAAAGUGAGGAGGCGGGAAAAUGGAUGCAAAUGGAGCUCAAAAAGGAAAAUUGCGGAGAACUAGUGAGAACACGGCUGCAACUUCCAUCUGCAAGCAAUGACGUUUGGGACGAUGAAGAUGUGGAAAACGAUGCCUUCGAAACACCAGUUCGAGAAGAAUAUCGACGUGAAAAAGAAAAUGAGCAUCCACGAAGUGUGGAGCCUGAGGAGCCGGAUGAUAUGAUGGAUUAG